AUGCGGUGCGCGAACAAGGCCGCAGAGAGCGCGUCUGCACGUCUCUGCGCUGGUCAUGAAGACACUCAUGUCUUCACAGAGUAUGAGCUCGGUGUCUCGUACUGUCCUGAUACGGAAGAGGGAUCUGUAUCGAAGGCGGUUGAAACCAAGCCAUCUGGCAUGCGUAGCAUGGAUGAUGCUAUGCGUCGCAGCAUCUUUGGUUCAUCUGACGAAUCAGACGAACCAUCGCCGAAGCGUAGGCGCUCGAGGUCGCGAGACUCGGGCGCUCACAGUGGUGUCGGUUCUCCAAUUGACACCACUUUGCAGCGAGGUACCAGUACUUCAGUUGGCACGUCGCAGGAAGAGCGGGACCGCAGCUUGUUGCGUCUCGCUCACGAAAAGAAGGCAUGGCUGCCUCCACAGUCUGUCAUGGAUCGCUUGUCGGCGACGACAAAGUGA